AUGACAAAGAGCCCAAGAGAAAUAUUGCUUACAGAGGCAGUAGGAAAAACAUUCCCUAUCCCGGCAAAAUUGAGCGAAAGGGGAAGAAGGGACAAGGAUAAGUAUUGUGACUUCCACAAUGACACAGGGCAUGAUACAAAUUCAUGUAUACAGCUUAGGAAAGCAAUUGAUGAAGCCAUUAAAACUGGUAAACUGGCACAUUUGGUGAAAGGAAUCCGGCAACAACCAAAACAAAAAACAGAAGAGUCUGGGGAGCAGAAAAGCAGCAAUACCCAGGCAACAAUCUAUACAAUAAGAAAGGAAAGACAAGCCGAGAAAAGAAAAGGAGUCAGCACACUCAUUCAGAGUGUAGGAGAAAUUUCAUUUCCUCCAAUACGUGGAACACAUGUCUCCGAGGAUCCGAUAACAAUCAAGGCAAUACUGCAAGAAAGAUGGGUGGAUAAGAUCCAUAUCGACGAUGGAAGUGAUUGCAAUAUACUCUAUGAGCAUGCGUUCCCAGGAGACAAUCCACUCUUGCGUAUCCUAUCAUCACCUCUAGACACAUGGCUAAUAAGUUUCUCUGGGAACAAAACCCAACCCACAGGUAAGAUCACUCUCGCAGUAACAAUCAUAGCAGGACCACGCAGGAGGACCGAGGAGCUGACCUUCAUGAUAAUCAAAGGAUCCUCACCCUACAAUGCUAUCCUAGGAAGGCCAGCAAUGCAAAAGUUCAGGAUAAUACCCUCCGUAAUACAUAAUAUGGUCAAAUUCCAAACGGAGGAUGGAAUAGCAAGCAUCCGGGGAAGCUACGAGCCACCAAGCGUCCACGGACGAAUAGGCACAAGUAUGCCAAUAAAGAAGAGGAGGCUAGGAAGAGAAUAA